UCCAAAAAAUUUUAACACAAAGUUAAAAAAUAUACAAUAAUCUUGGAAAAGCUGUCAGCGAUUUCUGCACAAUAUAGUGCAAUCGCCAUAUUGUGUGAUUUGGUUCAGUAAAUAAGCAAGCAGCCCAAAACUACACAAAUUUGCAAAUUAUGCACCCUGUUUAGAUUGGAUACCAUUAUAACAACAUACUCUUUGGUUGCAAUGUAACACAAGGAUCAUGGACCAUUCUGGUCAUUCCAGACUAGUGACAUCGCCAGAAAUCUCCGUUCCUGGCAACCUGGAGAUUCUAGCACAAACAGCUGCUUCCCAGUCCUCUGAUGACCAUGUAUACCCUGGAUUUGGACAUGUGUUAAAGCUAAGUGAGAAUGCCAGCUUGCCACUGCUGUCACAGCAGAUCAGGAUCGAAGGUCAGCCUGGGGGACCAAUGCUCAGCCAGACACAGUUGCACAAACUUCUCACAGCAGUAGAUUCAGAUAAGGGCCCCUCCCCCGGGCUUCUUUCUAUCAUCACAACCACCUCCAGCAUGGCAAAUAUGGGUGAUGGUGGCCAACAAAGUCCUGCUUCCCUGUCAAAUACUUCGCAAAUUUUAGGGCAUGCGGUUGGACCGGGGGAUGAAAUGCUCAGUGCCAUAAACUACAGUGAGAAUGAAAUUCUACAAGACAACACAUUUGAUGUGGGCGGAAAUCUUGGAAACCUGGAUGAUGGAAUUCUUUCCGGCAUUGGUAACCCCUCUCGUCUAGGCGAAACAACUGGAGAGCAAUAUCGCCUAUUUGAAAGCGAUGGUGAUCCACUCAUGGAUGAAUUAUCUCCCUUGGUUGUUGAUCCUAUAGUGUCAGAAUCCGGUGAUUCAAGCAUUUCAGACUCGGCUAUGGAUGAAAAGAAGAAAGGGAGUAAGCCCCGUCCAAAGACCCUAAAGGCCCAGCAGUUGUCCCCAGGGAAGGGUCAGGGUCCAUUCGAGUGUACCCAGUGCCAUAAAGUCUUCAACAACACAAGUGCCUUGGCGAAACACAAGCUCACUCAUAGCGAUGAGCGAAAAUUUGUCUGCAACACUUGCGAUAAAAAGUUUAAGCGACAGGAUCAUCUCAAUGGCCAUUUGAUGACACAUCGUGACAAGAAACCAUAUCAGUGCAUGGUGGGCAAUUGUGAGAAAAGCUACUGUGAUGCAAGGUCUUUAAAGCGGCACCUAGAAAACCACCACAACCACUCACAAGAUGAAAUUGCAGUGGAAAUGGUGUCUGCUACAAGUCAGGCAGCAGAAAUCCUGGCUGAAGUAACGGCUACCCAGUCUAAGUCUGUCAUUGCUGGUCAAGGUGCUCCCCUGCAGCUUACUUCUGCUUCUUCAGCCGUACAGGGAAAUGUUGCCGCACAGCAGAUAAAACCUGAGUCUGAUACAAAAAAUGUUGUUACGCAAUCAAAUCAGCAGGUCCCGCAAGGUAAUGUCAUUGCUCAGCAGCUCAUGAUGAGUUCACCUUUGAAAUACGGACCAGCUGUAAUGGUGACGUUGGCAGUCAGUAAUCCAGUGAGCGGGAGUCAGAACAUUGGGGCUCAAUCAAAUGUAGCCCAGCAGACGGCAGGUAUGACGCAGGGGCAGUUUGAAGCUCUUCUGGCACAACAUCGGCAAAUACAGUUACAGCAGCAACAGACAAUAAAGCAGGAGCAGUUGAACAGUGAAUACACUGAUCAGUUUGAGGUUUAUAAGCAAAUGAAGAUUAAAGACAUUCCAAGCCUUCCACAACAGCAAGUUCAUCAAGACCAAACAAUUUCCCAACAACAAGCCCCACAACUGGUUCAGCAGAAGUUUGUGGCCAGCCAAGCAUCCCCAUCUCCAGGCUGGCCCACUCCCAACAUGCAGAGCCCGGCAAGCUCCGAGAUGUCCGCAGGCUACACAGAAAUGAGCCCGGGCCCACAAGAAGUUGUGGGUGGUGGAAGCCCAGUACGGGUUCUGCAGGCUCAAGGCUCUAUGCCAUCUCAGGUGCAGGCUUGGCUGAGUCAGGCCCAGCAGAAUAUACCGGCUCCAAAUACAAAUGCGAAUGAUGUAAAAGACAGUGAAGAAACUGCCAAACCAGUCAUGUGCUCAAUAUGUCAACGAAGAUUUAAGAAUUUGCCUGCCUUAAAUGGACACAUGAGAUUGCAUGGAGGAUAUUUCAAGAAGGAGGUUACAUUGAAAGAAGAAAAGAAAAAGAAGGAGAUGGCUCCACCAUCUGGCGUGCCAUCCAGAGCCUCUGGAGUCACUGUGGGAUCCCCUCAAAAUGGAACAGGGAAAAAAUCCAAGGGCACACCACCCUUGCAGAGUCCUCCUUCUGAAGAGGUAGAAGAAGUCUUGCAGCAACAGUUAAAACUACAUGCUCUUCAUUGGCAGCAAAAACAGGAGCAACAAAUGCAGCAACAGGAACUGCAUCAACAGCUUCAGUUGCAUCAACAACAACAACAACAGCAGCAGCAUAAUCAGCAACAGUUUCAACAGAAUCAGCAACAGCACAAUCCUGGGAACCCUGGCAGUCAUAAUCCACACCAGAACCCACAUUCUCAGCAUCAUCAAGGUCAGCAGCAGCAGCAGCAGCAACAGCAGCAGCAGCAGCAGCCAACUGUUGAAGACCAUAUAAAACAGAUACAGUUGAAAAUGCAGGAGCAGCAGAUGCAACAUCAACAACAGCAACAUCUACAACAGAUUCAGGCUCAAAUUGAACUGCAAGAACUCCAAAAACAACAACAACAACAGCAGUUACAACAGCAUCUGCUGUCACAGGUUACGCCGGGUCUUCCAGCUGGGGCACCAAUCGGGAACCAGUCUAAUACAGCUGGUAAUUCAGCUAGCCAUCAGCUCUCACAACUGCAGCUCAUCCAGCUGGCCCAGCAGGCAGGGGAUCUGGAUCAGUUUAGGAUAGAGCUCCUUCAACAAAAUUUACAACAACAGCAGCAGCAUGAGCAGCAACAGCAGCUGUUGAAUCAGCAGCACCAACAACCUAUAAUAUACGAGAGCUCCCCGCAGGGUCCACCUUCUAUGGGGGGUGGGGAUCUAAGCUUUAGUUCCCCAGGGUUUCCCCUUUCCCCCCAUGUGCCGGCCUCACCCCAGUAUCCACACACUCACAGUGUGCCCCAGUCCCCUCAGGUACCCCAGUCUCCUGUAUUCCAAAGGCAGGGCUCUGUGGAAUCCCUUAGAAGCCCACCAGGACAGGAUUACCACAAAGGUGGCCUCACACAGGUAAUGCAGCAAGAAACAAUUGGGCUCAAUUCACGGUUUACUGAUCAAGCAGUGCAGGAGUAUGGGGCCAUGCAGAGGGGAAAUGAGGAUAUAAUUAGGAAUAUUCAACAACAAUAUCAAAUACAGAAUUUGAAUAACCUCCACGGUGGCAAUCUUCAAAGUGCUAAUAUGGGAAACAUACAUAAUACAAGUACACUUGGAAGUGGUGACAGUGAAUUAGUAAGUCAGUUACAGCAGCAGAUACCUUAUAAUCAGGCUGUGAAUUUACAGCAAGAUCAAGGUGCUUUCCAGAGUCAACUAUCUGGACAUUUUGCUGUUGAUGACGAUAUGGCACCUUCAGGGGAACAGGAGGGUCAGCUGGUUGGUGGCCAUACAACGAGCGAGAUUGUGUCACAAAUCAUAACAAGUUUAGAAAACUUGGGUGAGGUACCACCAGGGUCAAUGCAGCAAAUACAUAAACCUGAUAACAGAGGCUUACAACAGCUUUCUGAUCAAGUUUUUUCACCGGACAAUUCAAGGCUGUUUCAGCAACAGUCGGCAAGUGACAAUGAUAUCAAUAUGCCUAACAGUGGCUUUGCUCAUAAUUCAUCAGUUGUUAAUGAUCUGUUGACUUCAUCUAACUAUGAAUAUACAUUCACAGCACAACCCAUUGUUAGUGAAUCAAAGAUAAGUGUGAAACAAGAAAUAUUGAAACAUUUAGCUUCCAAGCCAUCUUCACCUAGAGCAUCUGCAACUUCACAGUUCUCAUUCCAAAGUAACUCAAAUUUAGGCUCUAGUACAAAUACAAAUUCAGCAAAUGGGUUGUCUCAACGACAGAGGCAUCACAGUGCUAAAGCUGAGCUCACCUUUGUCCCUGUCGUGUCGAAACCACAUGAAACAAACAGUGAGCUAAAGCGAAGACUCUCCGCAGGCCCGGAAGAUGUUCGUGCUCAUGUUUUGUUUUCCCCUACAAGUGCUUCAGAGUUUUCCAAACGAGAUUCGUUCUCAAAUACUUAUAUUAAACCUGUGUCAAGAUCUGAAGAUUACUCUAGGCCCCGGCUAAGAAGUAAGUCUGGUGAUGAUUAUAGAUUACAGUGGAGAGGAGGGGAAGACCCAUUUGCAAAACCAAAGAUUCGCAGUGAAGACUUGGCUCAUAGGCCACGCAGCAAAACUGACGAACAUUUACAUAAAUGGAGUAAUAGGGACAUAUUUUCACGUUCCGAUGGUGCUGGAGUGUUUAGAAACCCAUCUGGACUUGCCUUGGGGUCGUCCAAAAUGCGACGUAAAAAUCGACCAGCCCCAUUGAUAAUUCCCUCCCAUGCUAACAUGUGUGGUUUCCAAAGUCGCUUAAGAUCUCCUAGAAUUCAUGCGGACUCAGAUAUUACUUGUAACACGGCUCCAGUUCCGUAUACCCCACCUCCAAUGUUGAGCCCUUUGCGAAGGGGUUCGGGGUUAUUCUCAUCAAUUCAGCUAGCAGCAAUGGCCCCUCAUCCCCUGGUUCAGCCCCUGGUAUUACCUGGCCCACCGUUAACCCCUCACAGGCCGUCAUUGCUCAGAACUGCCAGUGUUACAAAGUCGGAAAAGGAAGAGUCGACAGAUGACACUGUGCCAUUUGUUGAAGAGCCACAUGCUCCAGAGUCCGAUAUUCUGCCCCAUGUGAAUAUUGGACCACAGUACCAAGCAUCUCUUCCUGCCUUUAACUCUGAUAAGAGGCGAGCUCAGUUUGAUGUCAGUAAAGAAGAUCUGGUGUUCAACUCAGCCUGUCUCCAACAUGUCUCCGACUAUGAAGUGCAAUCAUUCCAAGAUCUCGCAUGCAGUGCUGCUGUGUCUGGCAAUGGCUUUAAUGUGGAAUAUGCUCUACAGCUGUUGUACAUUGCGGGAGGCAAUAUACAGGAGGCAAUGGUGUUGUUGAUGUCCGGAGCGUGCAAACUGCCACAGACCCACCCUCUGGCCUCAUAUACAUAUCAAGAAUCUGAUAUUUGGACAACCGAAGAGAUCGACAGAUACACUACAGCCAUUCUGAAGUAUGACAAGGAUUUCUUCACAGUUGCAAAUGAGGUAAAAACUAAGACUGUUCGUCAGUGUGUUCAGUUUUAUUACUUGUGGAAGAAAGUUCUAGUUGACGACCACAAACGUUUGCGCAUCCUCCGACGCCGACGAGAGCAGGAUUACAACCUCCGUUCAACGAGAAACCAGCCUGACAACACCGCCAGUGCUGCAGCAACCACCCAGCAGGAGUCAACUUCGGAGGCAGAAAAAAGCAUAUCUGAUGUGAUGGAGGAGGGAGACGGAGCUAGCGUUGAAGAAGACGUAGAUUCCAUCUCCGAGGCCAGCACCUCCAUUGGCACAUUUGAUGAUCAUAGGGAGAAAGACCUAGAAGGUGAGGAUGUUGGCGAGUUGACGAUUGCCGAGCCGAGCCCGGUGAGAUCUGUGUCCCCCGUACCUUCCUUCCCGUGUGAUGUACCAGACUGUAACUCUAGCUUCACAUCGAAGGCAGCCCUCAAUGCCCACAUGAAGAUCCACAUACGAUCCACCAAGUCAAGUACCACCAUCCCUGCCGCCCGUUUUGAGACUAAACCAGCCCACACACCCCCGUCCCGCUCCCCCAUGCAUGUUGAGGCCCCACAGGAUGUUUUCCCAUGUAAACUGUGUGGAAGAGUAUUUGCAAAGGUGAAGAGCCGCAGUGCACACAUGAAAAUCCACCGCCCAGAUCAGGAUAAAGAGAGGGAAAAGAAGGCUAAGCUAGCCAAGCAACAGGCCGCAGCCGCCGCCAAGAUGGAGGCUUCUAUGUACGAAAACUUCCCCAAUUACUCUGGUGUUUCCAAUGGACCAUCACAUUUAGGAUAAGUGGAAGUGAGUGGGGAUAGGAAGAGGUCAGGUCCUGAUGUUGUUUAGGGACAGGAUUUUCCCCCUCUCAAGUGGAUUUACCAGUUUUAAAUGCCCAGUUCCUUGUAUUUGCUUACACCGGCAGAUUCUUUUGUUGUCAUUUCAAUGGGUAAUUAGGGCAUCUUCAUCGCCAUAAUGGUUUCACCAGUUACAACAGGUUGUUACUACUAUUACCUGUUAGGAGUAUAACUAAAAGUGAUGUGCUACAUAUUGAAUUCUUGUUCUGCUUUGUUACUUCUUCUGUUUGUGUAAAUGUGAGUACCGGUAUACCUGACAUGUAACCCACCCAUCUGAUGGACUGUAUGCAUCACCUAGAAGUGUUAUUAUACAAUUUUGUCUAACAUUACUGUAGCUUUAAGAUACUGGAACUUUGAUGUUAUUUGAUCUAAGUAUGAAGACUUUGACAUCCCUUCUAUAAUCGAAUAAAACUUGUGCAUAAUGCCAAAAGCAUUUUUGAACUGAUCGUCAGUAUUUGUGGUGAAAGUUUUGAAGGGACCUUAAUAUGUAUAGGUUUAAGAACAGGCAUCUCAUUUGUAAGCUACACUUCUUUUUGAUGCUGUUUACAAUGAUAAGACCUCUAGAGUAAGAUUUAUUGGCAAACCUUAUGGCAUUAUACUCCAUUGGACCAAUGGUCAUUUAAAGUUUAAUCAUAGCAAUGAUAGUUCGGAAUGUACUAAACUAUACAUUCAUUGUUAUUACUUUAAAUCCAGUAAAGGGGAAUGAAAUAUUGAAGCUUUCUCUGUGAUAUUAUUUUAGUCUUUUUGAAUGUUAUACUUUCUUUCUCAAGUUCUAAUAAAGGAGGUGAUGAUUUUUAAACUGAACUUUUUCUUUUAUACUUCUAAUUUUGUCAAAUGAGGUAAAACCUUAUUUUUUUUAUUGCCUUGAUGUCUUAAAUUCUAGUUGACGUAUAUAUUAUUGGCAUUUAGAAAGUUCUAUGCGUAUUUUGUUUUCGGUAUUUCAAUGUCUCAUGUUGUUUACUGGCUAAUGUAUAAUUACACAGUAUACAUACAUGUAUUACAUUUUGACAGAAGUUACUUAAUUGUAAAAGGCAGCUUAUUGUGAAGUCAUAUCAUGGAUAAAAUGUUAAAGGUUUGAAAUUUACGGAAUUUGAAAAAAAAAAAAUUUUUAAAGAGGCUCUUUCACAGUUUUUAUAUUGGUUAAUCUAUUAAUUAUAUACAUUUUUUUAAAUGUUGUUAAAAUGGAUUUAUUUUAUUUUACCUACUUUUAUUAAAAGCACCGAACAGCAACUUGCAGUCUCAAUUAAGCAGACAUUUGUUGAUUUAGCCUAAUAGAAUCAUUCCAUUUACAGUAUUGUUACUAAGGGCUAUACAGUACAAAGUGUGCAGGGUUGCCAAUUUUGACAUGCCAUAAUAACUAUCUCUUAAGAAAAUACUUAACCUUGAAGUCAUAUUUAAGGGAACAGAAUGGCCUAUUGUAGCAACUUAUUUUUUUCCAAAAGUUACACUGCAUGAAUCUUUUUUUAAAUGUACAAAAUGACAGUGGUAUAAAUGUAAGUGGUAUUUCAGUAUAAUGCUUUCAUUUCAAGUUUCCUUUGAUUUGGUCGAUAUAUAAAGGAGUUGAAUCCUGUGGGGGAGUCCCUUUAAUAGCAAAUAACCACUGUAGAAAGAUUCCUGAUGAAAAAUGAUGACAUAUUAUAAACCAAAGAGUUUCCACUUUUCCAGUUAACUAUUGUUGUUGAAUUAACAGUGUUGGCUGUGUGAACUGUAUUCUUUGGAACUAUUUUUUGCUUGGGCCUUUAUCCACCUGCCUUUAUCUCCAAGCCUCUCAUGACCUUUCUAAUGGCAACAUUAAUAUUUGUAAACAUUUGAAUUGUGUAUACUAUCUGUUGUACAUAUUCAUAGUGUGUGAAUCUUCAUCUAUGAAGUAGAUUUUACAUCAUGCUUUGAUUAAUCCAAAAUAGUUGAUACAAAAACAAUUGGGUAGUCCUUAUGUGUGUGCUUGAAAAGUAAACAUGUAUUUCUUAUACAUUUCUGUACAUGUAUAGGUAUGAUGUGUACAGAUAUGUGAUGUUUAACUGAAGAAGUAGAUUUUCCAUCUAUCGGCUUAAGUUUGUAACAUUUUUAUAAAUAUGUAUGAAUGAUUUUUAACUACUUUUUAUGCAAUGUCCUUGACUGAUCUCUUUCAUACACAGGUGGUGUGUAUCGCUCAUUCUGCAUAGGUAUAAAAUGAAAUAUUUCAUGUUAAAAUGAUUUCUAGUGGUUAAAUUAAACUGAAAAAUACAAUUCUUCAUUAAGAUAUGACUGAUGAUCUGCAAUUAUCCAGAUAUUAGCUUAAGCUUUUUCAUUAGGGUAUUAUUUUGUGUCAAUAAAAUGUAUUGGAAUAGAGUACCAGUAUAAGACCACUAGGAGACCCUUGUACUACCUUUAGUUUUUGUUAAGUAUCUCUAAUAAUCUUUAAAUUGUAUGUUAUGGUUGCUGAUUUCUGCCAUUUCAUAAUUUCAAAGCGAAAACAUGGCAGUUUGAAAACACACCAAGUGUCACGUCUAAAAUGUGAAAUAAAAGACCCAACUCUUGGCACAUUUUUGCCUUAAGAUAUGCAAGAAAAUGCAGCUGUAUGAUUUGUCUGACUUGAUACAGUUUUGCGCAAGUUUACCAGAAGGCAAAGGGGCAAAAAAUUAGCCCAGUGGCCGGGGCAAAAAUGCACCCCAUAAUUAUUUUGUAUUUUCGCCUGAUCAAAAAAUUUUGCCUGUUGUAGUGAAAAACUGAAAUCACGAAAUGGCUGUAAACAGCCAACAUAUUUUAAAGAAAGUUACAAUUUUAUUGAUGGUUAUGAUUUUGUGCAAUAUAUUGAUGGAUGUUAUUGGAAUGAUAGAAAAUGAAGUGUUCUAGUCACAAUCUUGGCUGACACAAUACUUAUAUACGGUACAAAGAAAUAGGAUAUGAAUUAUAGAUAUAUUUACAGUAUCAAUAAUUAAUUUCAAAUUCUAAAAAAUGACCACCAUCUGGUUUUUUUUGUGUGUUUUUUUAACACUUAGAUAUGUGACCAAAUGGUACAAAUUUAUAUUAUUGAUUUUGAAUAAUGAUCAUUUAUUUGUUCCUCAUUGAGUUGGGAUAAUUUGAGGUUUAUUGAGUUGGGAUAAUUUGAGGUUUAUUGAGUUGGGAUAAUUUGAGGUUUAUUGAGUUGGGAUAAUUUGAGGUUUAUUGAGUUGGGAUAAUUUGAGGUUUAUUGAGUUGGGAUAAUUUGAGGUUUAUUGAGUUGGGAUAAUUUAAGGUUUAUUGAGUUGGGAUAAUUUGAGGUUUAUUGAGUUGGGAUAAUUUGAGGUUUAAGUGUCCAGUGGGUCCCUAUUUCAAUGAAGAUUUAAGUUGAUCUUAUUUGUAAAUUUAAAUGAUCUAAUGUCAUAUUUUCCUCAUUCUGCUACAUAUUUGUGUGAAUUAAACUUCAGCAAGUAUUGAAAAGGAACACAAAAGUUGAGAAAAAAGUGUUGCCAUAUGUGACUCAAUUAAUACUAUUGAACUUACGACUAAGAUCCGUUAUAAAACAAGCCCCCAGUGCCCAGUUCCAAUAAAGAUCGUAAGGCUUAAGAAUAUGAAUUUCAAAGCAUGACCCCAUUUUUGGCGUAAAUUGCAUUAUAAUAGAAACAUGAGGACAUUUGUCACAUAGAUUCUGCCUGUAACUUGAUCGUUGUCCCUGAGCACUCUUAAGUAUCACGAGAUGUAGGACUGAGAUAUCUUAAGGAAAUGGGGCCCAGAUCAUAAAGACUUUUAGUUAGAGGUAGGUUUAGGGAAGACACUUUGACUUGGACUACCAGGGUAAACAUUAUACAGUGCUAAUGAAUUAAGUACUUUACAGCCAGCUUAUUAUCUUACUUCAAAAUAUUGUAAAAUCAAGAAUUUUAGUUUGAUAAAAUGGUAUUAUCACCAUUAUUAGUGUUGCUGAAAGUUUCACUUGCAAAUUCAAAAAAAAAAUUGUCUUACCACUUCUUUAUACAAAUUUGUUUUGAAAUACGUAUGAUUACGACUGUGUCAUGCAUGAUUCGAAAAAUAACCAUACGAUCCGAUCAAUGAUAACAGGGUCCCAUUGUGUAUAAAUGUUAUAGUGUUUCCUUUAUUAAUUGAAAUUGCUGUUUGACAGACACAUGCAAUCAUCAUUGUGCAAUAGAUGAUAGACAAAUGUACACAUAUUUUGAUAUUAGCAAGAUGAACAGUACACACUCUUGAAUGUACUGUGGUACCGGUAUGUGUAAAAAGAGGGACUUACUAUAUUGUGUCAUUUCAAUUUUGUUGCCCAAUACUAUGUUUGACAUUUAACCUCUGAUGGGUUGAUUUUAAUGUAGCAACACAAAACAAUGAUCUAUUCUUCCUUGUUAAAUGUUCAUGCUGCAUUGACACUGCAAUCUGCUAUUGAUAGUAUGAAUGCCUAUAAUUUGAUCUUGAUGCAGUAACCGUGCAUUUAACUAAAUUAGCUAAUUGUUCAGAACUUGGUUCAAGUUAACAAUGUGAUUUAUGACAUCAUUGUUAUUUUUUAAAUGUGAUCGAUUUGAUGAUGUGCUAAUAUAUUUACAAUAAUGCAAAAACAAAUACAGCUUUAAAAGUUGUCUUGAAACAUGUUUGGAACACUGCAGAUCACAAGUGUUUCCAUUAUUUUUCCACAGGAGUAAAGAUUUGAAAGUGAACAAUGAUGCAGUUAACAGUGUGUGUUUACCACGUGAUAAAUUAUGUCAUAUAUGCUACAUUGGAAGGAACCAUUUUGCUUUAAAUGAAGACUUAAAAGAAGAUAACUUUUCUUUUACAACACCAUUUUAAAUGAAACACAGCGCAGUCUAUGCCGCUUAUGGAGCCCCGCCUUCGGUCUUUUACCAGAGUUUGAUUGGGAGUUUAUUUUCUUGAAACACUUCGACAACCCUUUCACAAUACGGCCGUCUAACAUAGCACUGUCAAAACAAUAUUUUGGAAAAUGGUUUGUCAAAGUGUUUGAUGAAACGUAUCACCUUAUCAAAUUUCCGAAAUAAAAUGAAGGCGGAGUUCUUUAAGCGUCAUAUACUGCCCUUUGUUUCAUUUAAAAUGGUGUUGUAAAAGAAAAGUUAUCUUCUUUUAAACACACACUGGUCAUCAAUGUUUAAUUUAACGAAAUUCUGAUCAAUUAGCCCAAUGUUUUCAUUCUUUAACUUUAUCAUGUAUCAGCAAUAGUAUUUUACUUUGUUUUCCAGUGAAAUAAUUGUUUGACAGAAUGACGUGAUGUUUAAAUAUGGUAGAAAUGUCUUCCCACGACUGGCCAUUCCAUUAAUGUUUGUGUUUAUGUUCGGUGAAAUGUGUGUAGUUGUCAUAGAAUUGUUAAUAGAAAACUUAUUGUGUCAUAUCUUUGAGCCUUGAAGAUUGAUGUCUACAAUUACUAAUAAUUAAUAUAAUCUUGGAAGCAUGAGAUACACAGGGAUUACUUUGUCCUGCGUAUGCGUCAUCUUUCAUUUCUGAUUUAUAACUUUUUAAAACUGCACUUUCUAAGAUUGACCUUUUUUAUCUUUUUCGUCUUGGAAUGAGCAUUUUUUUGCAUUAAAGUCAGGAAUCCAAUGAUAUAAGAAGACAGACUAUUAGAUUGCAGUUUUUCAGAAUUAUCGUUGAACAUAGAUGUUUUAUACUUGUAACGCCUUAAGAAAGUUUAAUUUUUCAGCCGUUUUUUCGACCAAUUGAGAUCAGUUCUGUUGUGAGUUAUGUUAUAUGACUGAAUUGAAGGCAUUGGUACCAAAAUAAUUGAUUCUGAACAAAAAAAUAAUAUAAUGUCAAAACUGUCAUUCUGUGAGAGUGCAUCUUUAAUGACUUGUUGGGCUCAUGAGUCUUUCCACUUGGUAUUUUCACAUUCAUCAUGGUCUGUAAAUGACCCCUAUAAGUGGUUUGUAGGUCAAAGGCCAAGGUCAUGCUGGCCAUAGUCUUUGACAGGUGACACAUCCAUUUUGCGGAAUACUAGUUGAAUGUCAGAUUUGUUAGACACAAAAAAUUACAUGUUUGUAAUAUAGGUUGAUUGUCGAAGAGAUAUUAGGGAUUAAAUAUGUUUAUUGUUAUUUGAAUAUGAUUCUGUUGCUUUGUGCAUUUUCUACCCUGCCUUUGAUAUUUUUCCUUGUAAUAUUCAUUUAUCAUACUGUCGUCUUUGCCUGUGAUAUGUUAUAAGUCUAAAACGCCCUUUCUGUACAGAAUAUAUCUGGACAUGUUUUAUGAUUGAAAUUCUUUUAUCUAGAUUUUAUGAUGUAGUCAUAUUGUUUUGUCAUAGUGUGUGAUUUUUUCUCUUAAAUAUAUAUAUUAUUAUAGAUUGUAAUGAUUUUAUAGAUUUUUUUUCAUUAUAAUUAUGUUCAUAAUAUCAUGUACACUUAAAUGAGAAAAUGUUAAAAUGAUUCAUAAAACUAAGUGAAAAUUUCAAUGUGUGUCAAUUACUUUUUAAUUACAUUUGCUAAUUACUGCUCUUUUAUAUUAACCCGAAAAUUAUGUGAAGAAAUGCCUUUUUCUUGAUUCAUUGUUUUAUACAGUUAUUGAUUUUAUGUACAUGUACUGGAUUAUAUAUGUCCUAAAUUAAUCCUAAAUUAGAAGAGGCUUCAAGCCAAAAUGUAUACAAUAUGUAACUGCAUAGAUAAAAUCAGCUUAGACAUUUGCCACACAUUUACAUCUGUAUAUUUAUCAUCUUCAUGAUACAAUUCUAUGUAAUUUACGUCAUCUUUGGCAUAUUUUUAUUUGUUGUUUAUGUAGACUGAUGUAUGCCGUUAGUGCGCAAUUUGAGUUGGAUGUAAAAUGCCAGUGUGUAGCAGUAUUUGCUAUUGGUAUAUGACAGUCUCUUAUAAUAAAAUGCUCAGAAUA